UGGCACUAGCGCAUUCGGCUAAUCGGUAGGGCAAGGGAUCCCACAAAAACACCACGUCUAUACAUACACCACGGCCACCCGUAAGCCAGACGACGAACGACCCUGACAACACCCACCGACCGUCGACAACUUGGACCUCCUCCGACCUCCAAUUUUCUUCUUUCCCACAUCUUCGUCACAAUAGCCAAUAUGUCGGCGACUUUGGACUCAAAGUCUGUUGGCCAGACGAAGAAGUUUGGAAAGGGCGAGAGGACCAUCCCCGCCCAAAAGGCACAGAAGUGGUAUCCCACUGAGGAUGAAUGCCAGCCGAAGAAAGUCCGCAAGACAAUCCACCCCGCUAAGCCGCGGCCCAGUCUUCAACCCGGCACCAUCCUCAUCCUCCUCGCUGGUCGUUUCCGCGGCAAGCGUGUCGUCCUCCUCAAGCACCUCCCCCAGGGUGUCCUCCUCGUUACCGGUCCCUUCAAACUAAAUGGCGUUCCUCUCCGGAGAGUAAACGCCAGAUACGUCAUUGCCACAAGCGUAAAGGUCGAUCUCAAGGGCAUUGACGACAAGGUUUUGGAAAAGGCCUCCGAAUCCGACUACUUCACCCGGGAGAAGAAGGCGGAGAAGAAGGGAGAGGAAGCUUUCUUCAAGCAGGGAGAGAAGCCCGAGAAGAAGAAGGUUGUUUCCGCCCGUGCCAACGACCAAAAAGCCGUAGACCAACCCCUUUUGGCCACCAUCAAAAAGGAGCAGUUCCUUGCCAGCUACCUCUCCUCCAGUUUCAGUCUGCGGAACGGUGACAAGCCACACGAAAUGAAGUGGUAAACUGGCUGGUUGUCGAAUGGGGGAAAAUUGAAAUAGAAAGAAAUCGGGAGCGGGUUUUUUUUUCUUUUUCUAAUCCAUUUACGUCUUGUCUUGCGCGGGCUUUUUUUUUUUAAACAUUGGGGGAAAAAUCAUUUUGCUCUUUCGGAGAAACAAAAGAAGGGAAAAAAAUAUGAAAAUAUACACCAAAACUUUCCACGAAGGUUCUUCUUUUCAAUGAGAUAAUGUACAAUCACCAUGGCCAUGGCGAUUCUUUCCCACUAUUAAUUUGGUGGUUUUUCAUCGAAAAAUCCCUUUAUUCCGUUUUGAUGAGCCCCUCCUUUUAAUUCUGCAAAGGCAUUCUUUAGUACCCGCCGCUUGCAAUACAAUACCUUUUCCCUCGAAGCUCCGUGAUUUUUUUGCUACUGGGAGGACUGAUUCCCUUUUGCUUGUUUAGUUUAGCAUGUUAUCUCAUUAACUAUCAUAUUCGCAGGUUCUCGCAUUUCCCAGAUUACCUCCGUUCCCAUAUCCAAAAACCGGAGAGGUAUAUACGUACACAUCGACAUCGACAAAGCCCAGCCCCCGGAAUCAACACUCCUGAUAUUUUGCGUCCGCGGCCAAAAUUCACAUAGAUAAAUGUACUCCCUGAACUUCUCACCGGAAAACAAAAUAUCUCGAACGCAAUGACGUUUAAACAUCCCUGAUAGUACAUCUUCCCACCCUCGCAUGCACAGGAAAAGGCAAAAAGACAAAAAGAAAAGAAAAUACCUCAAUUACGAAUCCACCGGGCCUCGGCCCCGAUUUCGUAGCCCCCUAACCUUCCGCUUCGGCUCCUCAAGCGCCACAUCAAGAACGUCCUCGAUAUCGACUUCAUGCUCUUCGUCGUCUCCCUCACCCUGAGACCCAGUGUGGCCCACCGUAGUCCCGCAUAUCCAGUCCACGGCCCCCCACGACCCGUAGUUGCCACGGCCUUUGCUCAGGAGGUGGAGAUCGGCCCUGCGAGCGACGCCGCCAAUGAAGAAACUGGUGGGCAUGAUGCUGUAGCCGGAGUGAGAGAAGGUUUCUUCGAGGGAAAUGAAAGCGAGGAAGAUGAGGUAGGUGAGCAGGUGGAAGCGGAGGGUGGCGGCGGGGAGGAAUGCGGGUAUGAAGCGGUAGAGGAGGUAGGCGAGGGGAUGGUCGUAAUGCGCUGUUAGUGGGUCAGGGCUACGGAGCGAGUGGUACCAUUCGUCAUGGCACUUUGCGACGUAGGCUGAUGGAGAGUGGAGGAUGUAUCGGUGUAUGACGUAUUGGAGGACCUAUUUGUUAUUAGCACCAUUUCAAGCGAUUAGUUCCAUGUUUCCUUUGGUCUUGGUUUCCCCCAAGUACUUGACUCUUGGGCCUGAUUAUCUCUAAGGGGAAUCAGGUAUUUAUUAGUCUCAUAUAUACUCCGUACCUCUCUCCCUACAAGCCCCAACGCCAAGUCCUUCAGAACAUCCCACGGCAAAGGCAGCCUCGCCGCCACCCUUAUCGCGCUCUUCACUCGGAGCACUUUCGUUAGUACCGCCUCCACAAGCCCCUGCAGAAAAAUGCUCAUUAACAGAUUAAACACCGCCCAACCCGCAACCUUCAGCGCUCGUUUCCAGCACCUCUUCCCCUUCUUUGCCGCCGGGAGGUCCUGGAUACCUUGCGCCUUUAUCACUCCCGCAGCAGACGGAAAUAGCAAAUUGAAGAGGAAAAACAGCGCGGACGGAACUAGAUAUAGUAAUAGGCGGACAGCACACGUUCCUACAAUUUCAACCUUUAACGGGGGGCUUGACAGGACCAGCGUGAUCCAUGUGAUGUAGAAGAAGAUGAUGUUGAGGCUUGUGUUGUAGGAGGACAUGGCGGGGAUGAGGAGGUAGGAGAGCACCGGGAUGGAGAGGAGGAGGUCCAACAUUUUCGGAGUUUUUUAAGGUACAAAACGAAUAUAAUGAUAAAAUUUUACACAUAACUAUGCAUAUUUUUCAAAUUAUAUAAUAUAUUCUAAAGGCAAUUGGAGGAAGAUUUCUGGCUUUUUUUAAUUGUCGCGCGUUUGUUUUGUGAAUGUGGCUGGUGGAUUCCAAGAUUAUUUAUUUUGGCCUCGAUGUCAUUCCUGCUUAUUUAUUUCAAGUGCUUGGCUUAGUUACUAGUGUAGUUAACUAGGAGGAUCAACAUUGUCUGUCAGUCUUGGCAGUUCAAAACAAUGAUACAAAUCUGAUAUACUUUGAUAAUGAUUUAUUAUUCUGUCUGCUCUGUUGAAUGAAGCUGUGCUGAUUUCUGAAUAUA